CGCCUGCGUGAGGAACGAAAGUACUUCGCGCGUUUUUCACUGUUUCAAUUGAAAACCUGUCAAAUAGGCAUCAUGCCAUAUUUGUGUAAGAUAUUAGACAUCACUCCAUUUUAAAGACAGCAGAGGGCAAGUGACAGUAAAGCUGAUCCCCGGAAGGAAGAAUGGCACCGGGACAGAACUCACAGUUGGAGAAAGUCAUUGAUGAGGCGUUAAAGAGUGGAGAUGUCCAAGCUCUAGAUGUAUUCUUGCAAAGGGACAUCUAUGAGGGGACCCCCAUAAAAUGUUCCCAACAGUUUCUUUCAAAAUUGGAUAAACUUGUCAGCAGGAGUUUGGAUCAAAAUAAUACCAAAUCAGCGAGUUUGGGUCUUACAAUCCUCUACAAGUGUGGGAAAAACCUGGAACUACCUGGUUGUUGUCAAGGGUUGUCAGGAAUAAUAGCUCAAGGCCUGCUGAAAAAGAUGGUGCAUUGGUUUGAGAAAUGCAGGCAACUGUGGAUCCAGUGUGGCCCACAGUGGGAUGAGAUCUUGUUCAACCUCUCUGAGGACUUCUUUGAUGCCUUAAUGGUGGUCCAUGAUGCAGGCAAGGAAGGAGCAUACAAAAUCACAGAGUCCUUCCUGUAUCCUGUUGGUCAUUUGGUAGUAGACCCCAGAAUCUAUAUCCUGAUCCAAAAAGAGGCAAUUCGUAAAUUUAACUUAAUGCUGGACAAAAUCCCAAUGGAGCUGAAGAAAAAGAGGAAACUCUUAACAUCACAGGAUGCCUCAGAUAUUAUGACCAAGCUGGCUGGUCAAAUAUUGGAGGCAGGUGAUUACGACUUGCAGAUAGCCCUGAUGGAGGCAUUGUGCAGAAUGGCCACUCCUGACCAGAGGAAGGAGCUGGCGGAUCGAUGGUUCAGCAUGGAACAUGUGGCCAGCGCCUUUGUCAUGAUUUGUGAUUCCGAGUUUGAGACGGAUUGUCGCAAGUUUCUGAACUUGGUGAAUGGGAUGCAGGGAGACAAGAGAAGAGUGUAUUCCUACCCUUGUUUGGAGGUCUAUCUGGACAAGUAUGAGCUGCUGAUGCCCGCUGAUGAGAAGCUGGAAGAAUACUGGAUAGACUUCAACCUUGGCAGCCACAGCCUCUCCUUUUACUUCUCUUUGACUGAUGAAGAAGCGCGGGAGGGCCAGUGGGAAACGAUAUGCAUCAACGAGAAUGAAGUCCAAAGCUACACUGUUACAGAGGAAGGCCGGAGGCAAGUCUUGCAGUUAAAGCUGUCAGAGGUGGUGGUCGUGGGUGCGGUGGAAGGAUCGAGUCUUACCAUCCACUUCAGCUCCUCCCUGGACGUCAUGCAGGCUGCUCGUAGCAUCUAUGGCCACAGCAAAAACAAAGGCUUUGUGGGAAAGACAGGCACAUCUGUAGUGAAGACUACAGUAAAAAUUAUAAUGGAAGAGAACAGCUGCCAGGUUGUUCCGGAGAGUCAGGUGUCCCUUGGAGACAGUGAGAAAAAUACUGCCCCCUACUGUUUAUCUGUCUCAUCUACACCAGUACAGAUGGUGACCCCAGCCAAGAUGAGGAUUUCAGAGUCUACCACCUUCAACAGCAGUGUGCGUGGUGACAGUUCCCUCUCUGCUGUGAUGCUAUCCAACACUCCUGCCAGGGUUAAAGGGAAGCCAUCUCUGGAGAUGGUUCGUUCAUGUGAUAAGCAAGGGGAAUUUUACCUGGGAGAGCUAAGGACGACCACUAAGACCUGCAGUCUUGGCACAACACCUAACAGCGCAACAGCAGGUGGCAUGUUAGAGCAGAGCACGGCUUCCAAACAGACCAGUAAGGAUAAGGUUGGCAAACACAAAAAGAACAUACCAGUGGAAAAAGCAGCCGAUAUAGUUCUUGCUGGACAGGGAGAAGAACAGGCUCUGGAGCAAACUUUUGUGCCUGACACCCAACCCAGAACCGGAAGAAACAUAUCUUCUAACUGGAGCAAACUGUCAGUUUCUGAAAUGCUAACGAUGCCCACACAGAAAAUCAAUUCUCUGCCAAGACCUGAGCCUCAUCCAUGUUCUGCACAACAGCAGGAGCACCUGUCCUCGACACAGCGAUUGUCAGUUCCAGUCCUCGGCCCAAUCAGCGAAAAGCAACUCAAUACCAAACUCACACAGCGCCUGCGGCAGGUCCUCCGUGAGAGGAACCAAGAUCCUGCACCUCAGGAGCCUGCUGCACCCCAGAGAAAAAUGUUGGGCAUCACAGAGGACUCUAAAGGCAGAAACUCUGUGGACUGGUGUGCUUCCACAGUGUGCACUCCGAAAGAGCAGCCGGCCCAGAGUAAUGGCCCGGCUGAAAGCAAAGGCCUGAUGUCAAUGGAGGCAGAUGCUGCUCUAAUCAAAGGUCCAGCCAAGGUCUCCACAACCAAAUCUCUGCAGCAGCAAAAACCACCUAACAUUAAGGGUGAAACAAACCUGUCAAGCAAAAUUAAGAGAGAUGCAGAGGUUGCGGGCAGCAUGGUGAAGCUCAUCUCUAGUCGCUAUGAGAUUAACUCCCAGUCCACAGCAAAAUAUACUGCAGGAAAAAUCCCUCCGAGCUGGAGUCCUCCUAUUGUCAACAGGCCGACCUUCAAUAUGAGCUGGUUAUCAACUGCUAAAAGAGAUGUAUCUGGAGCAGUAAGCCUAAUGAAAUCCUACAGCAAAACCACAACAAGUUCUAUGAGGCAGAGAAAAGAUAUAUUUGCAUUUAACAUUGAUGUACCAUUGAGCAUUGAGGGAAAGGACAAAACCUUCACUAACACUUCUGCCACAUCGAGCAGUGGCAUCCAUGACUCAGUACCCCUCAACAAGACCAAGGAAGGACAACCUGUGGCAAAAGAGAAGCGGCAUGUGAAGAAGCAUCUGUUCAGUGACACAGACACAGACCAUGCCAUGACAGACGUCAGCUGGUUGAGGGAGUCAAGCAGGAAACCCAAACCCAAAGUUACCAAAUACUCCAGGCAGGCGCCUAUCAAACCGAAAGCUGUGUCACCUCAUACUUCAUAUGAAUCCCCGGAUUUACCCCCACCCUCUCAAAAACCUGUAAACUGCAAUACCAAACGCAGUAAGAAGAAGCCUGGUGUGAAGGAGAGAGUGGAGCAGCCAAAGAAGACUGUGAAGCCAGUGGCAGCAGGCAGGAGGCCCCAGAGAGCAGCAGCUGCCUCAACCAAGAGCUACAGGGAGCCAGACACCGAUGACAGCCAGUCAGAAUCAGAGACGCCUCUUGUUCCCAAGCACUCCUCCACUAAUCAUCUGGAGAAUGCUGAGAAAUCUCACGAGGCUGCUCGAGUUAUAAAUAAAAAGACUGCCAGCAAACAACCAACCAAAAGUGAUGUGAAGCUAGAGAGCAGCAAUCAUAGCAGCCAGUCGGAGUCAGAGGAGCCACCCACGUCCAAGGUAGAGGAAUGUUUUGUUGGCCAGCAGGGGAAAAAUGAGAAGACCCGUUCAGGGGUUCCAGAGGUAAAGAAGAGAAAAAACACCUCCUCUGAGCAAUCCACAGAUGCAUACAAGAGACUGGACAGAAACAACCAGUCAGAUCUGAAAAAGCCAUCUGGUCUCAAGCGGCAGAGGCCUGAGAAAGUUGUUCCAGAAACGUCGAGGUUAAAUAAGAAAAAUGACGUCCCUGCUCAAGAACACACGGCUACAUUGAAGGAUUCCUGGGCCGCCCGCCAGACCUCGUUUUGUCCAUCCCCUCCUUCCAUUGAGAGGAUGAGAUCUGCUGAGAGGUCAGCCCCAACCUCUGGGUUGACCUGCUCCCCUCUGCUCACCCCGCGGGGAUCUCCACUCCCUCCUUCCCCUGACCCUCUCUGCCAGGACACCCCCUCGCCAAUCCUGCUGCUCCCCAAACCUCGCUCUACGGUCAGCAGUACAGGAAACUUCAAGACUCCCUCUUUCUACAGAGCAGAAAAGAAGUGCAGCUCAUCCAAGACUCUGUCCAUCCGGUCUGUUCCCUCUCUCCCUUCACUGACCCCUAUAGGUCAAACCCCUGCACUCGGGGCUCCCACUGGACCUAGUGCAGCAGAGAUAAGUCCAGUCCAGCAUGGCCUACCUUCCCCAUCUCAAUCUCCUUUGUCUCCGUCCACUGUCCCUCUGUUGACAUCCACACUCCUUGAGCUACACAAGCCGUCCAUGCCCUCUGCUCCUCAGUCACCAUUCCCUGAAGACACCGCCGACCACGGCCACAAUUAUGGCUUUAGUAAAGUGUCUUCAGUAUCACUGAGCCAGUCUACUAAGUCAUCAGUACUCACUACUAGAGUUGAGGACAGCCCCACUGCUGCCAUGGCCGUCUUUCAUAAAAAAGAGAAAACACCACCUUCAGACCAAGGCCUAAAGCCUGCAGAGCUUCAUAUGUCAGGACCCAGUCGCAAGCGACAAAACUUCUCGUCCAGUAAUUCCGAGGAAGAUGAGAAGGAAGAGAGGAAGAAAAGCAAACUUAGAGAGCAGCGUUCUCCUCGGAUGAAACCGAGGAAGUUGUUCAAGUCCUGUAUGACAUGUCCUGUCACUGAGGUGUCUGCUGAGGGAGAGGUGAGCCGGGUGAUAUCUUCUUCCCACGCGGUGAGCUCCAGUCAUUGGGAGGCUGAAGUGGGGGAUGGAGACGUCGACAUGGACGAGGAUUUGGAGUUGCCAAAAAUUGCUGUAAACCCGAGAGACCUGUGCCAGCAAUUCAGCUCUGAGCUAAAGAAGAAGUUCCAGAAUCGUUACAAGAUGAUGGAGGUUUACAACAAGCAGUCUUUGAAGACCGUCCAGCAACAUGUCACCUCCCUCAACAUGCAAGUUUCCAAAUACAGGACUCAGAGGCUUGAACAGGUUCAGGAGGUCCUCUUGGAAGAAAUCCACAAGUUGGAGCAGGAUGACUCUGUGCUGAAAAACAUGGAGAAAGACCUGACUUUGUACUGGAAAAAGCAGACCAUGGCAUUCCGUUCUUACCAGGAGCUGGAAACCAGGAGAAAUGAGACCCUGAAGAAAGCCCUCCAGACUAACGCGUGUCAGAGCUUGGAGUACGAGGAGAGAAUCUUCACAUCCCAGAUGUGCCUGAUAAGAAAAGACAUGAAGUCAGUUCAGGACAGACUCCUCAGUCAGAUGCAAGAGGGGGAGCUCGAGAGUGUGAAGAGAGGUCUGCAUGCUUUGUUUUUCCCCUGAUGGAGCCAGAUUUAGAAUUGAACAAAGUCCCGGCAAAGGUCACUACAUUAUAGACAAGGUGGUGUAUUUCACCACAUGAUACACACUGUGCUGUGUACUUCAGCUCUGCUGAUUUCAUUUCAAAGUGAUUGCCUGAAGUGUUUUCCUGGUUCUGCUUUUAUUGAAUGUGGAUGUGUUAGGUUUAUUCUGACCUGGAUGUGUUGUUGCCAUGUUUGUUUUUUAUUAGUUUUAAAUGUUAAAUUAUUCUGAUAUUUAUUAUUUGAC